GACGAAAACAUUGCAAAUCUGGCCGGGGCUUCUACUCAGAGAGAGUGAAACAGGUACAACCGAAAGGCCCACCGCCCGGCAGAGAGCAUGGCCGAGCGCACCGUGCCUCACGCUUACCCCAUGAGCGCAGAGUACGAGUUUGCCAACCCCAGUAAGAUCUAUGAUCAGAACUUUGGAGAAGGCAUCUCCCCUGGAGACAUCCAGGCUCCCGCUUUGUACCACGGCUAUUACAUCCGGCCUCGAAUUAACAAGCAACUGGACCGAGGGGUCUCGGAAGUCACCCUCAACGACCACAAAUUCCAGGUGUUCCUCGACGUCUGCCAUUUCACCCCUGAUGAGAUCGCCAUCCGCACGGUGGACAACCUCCUGGAGGUGACGGCUCAACACCCGCAGAAAGCCGACCGGCAUGGCUUCAUCUCCCGGGAGUUCACCAGGACCUACAUCCUCCCCUUGGAUGCUGACCCUUUGCUGGUCAAAGCCACGGUGACCCACGAUGGCAUCCUGACCAUAGAGGCUCCACGGACAGGGAAAGAAAGGAAAGCCAAGGUCAUGGAUGUGAAAAUCACGUGCCAAGAAGAGCCAGAGGGGCAAGGCGGGGACUCCAAGGAGAAAUCUCAGCCUUGA